AGUUGGGAGUGACAGACAACCCCAACUACAAGAUUACGUUCAUGUUGGACAGUGCUGCCAUGAUCACAGUACACACUCCCAAGAGAGGGGUUGUAGAGGUGAAGCCCUUGGGAGUGGUAUGGGGGAAGUAUGGAGAAUUUUACAACCGGAAGAACACUAUAAUGUUUGAUGACAUUGGACGAAACUUCCUCAUGAACCCACAGAACGGACUGAAGAUUCGACCCUUCAUGAAGGCUCACCUCAACAGGGAGAAAGACAAGGAGCUGUAUAAACUCGCUCAAUACCUCAAAGAAAUUGCCAAGCUUGAAGACUUUGCUGGACUCAACCACAAACACUGGGAGAGGUACCUAUCCAAGAGGCAGCAUCAAUGAGGAGAAACUACAUCCCUGACCCAGGCUGGAUGCCGCCAUCCCUCAUCCAGUUCUCAGGCACAUACACACCGACUUGGCUACGACAAGUCCUUCAUUUCAAACCUGAAACACAUCCUACACAAAUCCUGCAGCAACCAACACUCAAAUGGUCAGGACUGUGAUAUCCUUCCUAAUUUAUAUAUUUGCAUGUUAACCAUCUCUCCCA